UGACGUAUUAGAGGCAAAAAACGAGGUAGUGAUAGUCUGUCACAUAUUCUUGUGAUUUUAUUUUCUUUUUAACUUGCAGCGAAGUAAGAUCUUUUCAUCAUUGAUGGAAGUCCCAUUACUUUAAAGGAUUUUAGCUAACGUUACACAGGUAAGGACUCAAUAUGCCUUUGCACGGAAAGAUAGUUGUUAUCAAGAGGAGUGGAGGAGAUGGCACCGAAUUCCCAAUCACUGCAUCUUGCUUGUUCGGCAGGAAGCCAGAUUGUGAUAUUCGAAUCCAGCUUCCUCAAGUCUCCAAGGAACAUUGUAGAAUUGAUCUGAAUGAAAAUAAAGAGGUCAUGUUAACAAAUCUGAGUUCAGUUAAUCCUACACGUAUCAAUGGCGAGGCUUUGAAGCAGGCUCAGCAUUUGAAACAUGGGGAUGUAAUAACAGUUAUUGAUCGUUCUUUCAGGUUUGAAUAUCCUCCGGUCCCGACUCCAAAGAAGAAGAGGUCAUCUUUGGCUGGGAAAAGUGAAACACUGCAGGUUUUGCAUGACCAGCAGGUGGCAGAUUCAGGUACUGGGGAAAGGAGGAAGUCAUCCGAUUUAAUUUCAGACUCCUCUUGUCUGAAAGAUGGAACCAAUACCAAUGUACAGGCACUUGCUGUCGAAGAUUGUAACGAAACGGCAAAGGAAGUGGAUCAGACUGGGCUGGAUAAAAUCGAGCCAAACGAGGAGAAGAGUCGUUCUCCAUUCUGUGAGCUGUAUCAAAUAGUAAAACAUAAUCUCACCUUGAAAUCGCCAUGGAAGCCAGCUGAGACGGCACAACCCAAAACUCCACUCUCGUGGUGUGAGCCACAGAAAAUCAUGGAAGUCAAAACGAUGGCUGAAGAAAUUGGUGGUGAAGAGGCCACAUCUCAAGAUGAUCAGUCCACUCCUCUGCCAACAAAGGUGAUCAAACAAAAAAGAAGGUCUUCGGUUGGCUGUGUGGUGCAAACUGAUGGUAGUUUUAGUGGUGAGGCAACUCCAAAAUCGUCCAAGAGAAGGAGCAGAGUGAGUUCUGGGUCAUCCCUAGAGGCCAGUAUCAUUUCUGCACUCCCAGAAGGACAAGCAGAAGACUCUUCCCAACUGGUUGCAACGCCCAGUAAAGCAACGCCCAGUAAAGCAACGCCCAGUAAAGCAACGCCCAGUAAAGCAACGCCCAGUAAAGCAACGCCCAGUAAAGCAAGCCGACGUUCUCUGGAAACUCCUGCAAAGCAGUCUAUCCCGGAGGAGAAGGGAACUCCCAGGUCUCAGAAGAAGCCUCCACAAGGCACUCCUCAGAAGUUCAGUGCCAAUGAAGUGGCGAGACAGAUCGUGUCUGAGAAUAGUGUCACAGAGGAAACCUUGGAGGGCACUGAAAAAUCAGAAACCCCAAAAGGAAGGAGAAGCACGGCAUCCACAGUCCUUCCAGUCAAUUCCGCAGUGACUCCAGGCACACCCGGUAUGUCCCACGUGGCAGAUGGGCAUGAUGAACCCACAUUAAAACAACUCGAGCGCGAGUCUGAAGCUGACUUGUCUGAGGCAGUCCAAGAAAAAUCUCCGAAGGCCAAAGAGUCUGUUAGUCCUCGGAGGGUGUCUCCCAGGAAAUCUCCAGGAAAAAAGCUUCAAGCUUCAGAUGUGCCGCUUGAGCUUGAAUUGACAGCACCACCUAGUGGGGGAAAAUCUGUAAAAGCAGGUACUCCGACAUCCUCUAAAAAACGCAAAAGUGAAAAACUUGAAAGUGAUUUGCCUGGCCCUCAACUUAAAAGGAAAAGGGUAUCGUUUGGUGGUCAGCUGAGCCCAGAGUUGUUUGACAAACGCCUUCCUCCUGACUCUCCACUUCGCAGAGGUGCCACGCCUGGGAGGCGCAGCCUGUCUAUUCUUAGACAGUCGCUCCUGAGGGGGUCCUCCACAGUUGGUUUGAUAGAGGAGUUGUGUGCGAAAAGUAAAACACCUAAACGCAGUCCGGGCAAGAAAGCUUCUCCCAAACCUGUCUCUCCUAAAAACGGUAGUUCUUCGCCUGCUAACAAGCCACCUAAAACAAAAGCUAAAACUCCAUCUCCAAAAAAAACUGUAGUCGGGAGUUCCCCAGGUCAAAAGUCUGUUCCCAAGACGACUUCCCCAGGAAAACGGUCCCCCUCCACAGAGGAUCCUAAGGUACCAAAGGGCAGGAAAUCUGUUAGUCCCAGUGCGAAGACCCCUCAAACCCCAUCAUCUGGAAAAACGCCAGCCAAAAAACUAAAUGAAAGUCUGCAAAAGUCCCCCUUAACUUCAAAGAAGACUCCUUCUCAGCCUCUCUUCGCUGAUGCUGGAAGUCCUUCUGUGACGAGUGCUAGAAAAUCUGAUGCGCUGAAGAUGUCUCCUGGUCAGUCUACAGCCAAAAUGCCAAAGACUCCACUUCCUGCUGAAAAGGCCUCCGGGCCUACUGCAAAAACGCCUUCUCCCAAAGGGGGGAUGUCCUUUAAGGAAGGCUCAUUCAACCAAACGCCUGCUGUAAAAGGCAGGUUUUCAAUCUCACGUGUUAGCACUCCAUCCCCAGUUGUUGGUCAGGACGCAGGUGCUAUGGAAACCUCUGCGUGUGUAACACCCAAGGUUCCUUUGAGGAGAGAGAGCAUGAAAUCCACAUCAAAGAAAACUCCUAAAAGCGCAAGAAAGAGUGUCCUAGAAGUUAUUCGCUCCAGACGAAGUGGAGCUUCAAGGGCUAACUUGAAAGUUCUAAGCUCCUGGGCUAAUAUUGUUAAAUUUGGGGUGAGCAAGCCGCAGACUGCUACCACUACUAAGCAAUGUACAAGAAAAGUGACCUCUGUCAAGAAAACAGUGGUAAAGAAACCGAAGACCCCGGCCACUAAAGUCAAAGGUCAUUUUAGCACUGGACAUGCGGCAUCUCCGGCUACAAUUGUUGUGGGGAAGGCCCAUACGAGGGUUGCUCAAUCAGCAGGUUUUGCUCCAAAGAUCGUCCACAACAUUGCUCUGCUGAGGAAAAACAUGAAAGUCAACGAGGACUUAACUGGAAUUGCAGAAAUCUUCCGCACCCCUGCAAAUUUGCAGAAGACGAAACGGACCAGUGAUAUUGUUUGCCCUAAGACUCCUCAGGCUGCUUCUGUGUCUGUUACUGAAUCAUCUGUGAUGGACACACCUGAGGAAAUGGGUGAAAUGGUUGUAUCUCCGCUGAGUGUUAUCAGUACUGAAAAACACAGAAUGUAUGACAGUGAGGCAAUUGCAUGGCUCCUCCAAGAAGAUCAGGAUUCUAGUUUGAAUGGUGAUGAUGCUCCUCAGGAAAGGGAUGCUGAGGGAUUGAUCACCCCCUUGGUUACUGAUGAACCAGAACAGGAACCGGUCCCACAGAGGGGGUUGAGGACACCGAAACAAAAGUCUGAACCUGUGACAUGUCUAACCGGUGUCAAGAGACUAGUGAAGACUCCAAAACAAGUAGAAGAUCUCGGAGGAAUUGAGGGAUUACUGAAAAUCCCCAGAGAACCAAAGGUGUCUCAGGAAGCAAGUCUUGUUGGUAUGAAAGAAAUGAAGACUCCAAAACAAAAGAUCCAUCAAGUAGAAGACCUCAGAGGAAUUAAGAGACUACUGAAAACCCCCAGAGAACCAAAGGUGUCUCAGGAAGCAUGUCUUGUUGGUGUGAAAGAAAUAAUGAAGACGCCCAAGUUGAAGACUACUCCGCUGGUAUGCACAACUGGUGUGAAGCGUUUGAUGACCACGCCCAAGCAAAAGGGUGAGCCUGUUGAAGACAUGAUUGGAUUGAAGCGAUUAAUGCAGACUCCCAAACAAAAGGUGGAGCCAGUAGAAGACUUAACUGGAGUGAAGGAAUUGAUGAAGACACCUAAGCAGAAGGGCCAGCCUGUUGAAAGCAAAUUUGGAAUCCGCAAAUUGAUGAAAUCACCCAAACAAAGAGGGGUACCAGUAGAGGAUUUCGCUGGGUUACAGGAACUUAUGGAAGAACCGUUAGAUUAUUUGCCCUUUACAGUGUGUGAAACAUCUGAAGAAAAGGUUUCAGGAACAUGUGUUUCCCCAGAACUUGAGAAGAGUAUUCCAGUUUUUGGUGAGGCAGAGAUGGCUUCUAAAGAAAAGUGUACUGAGCUAAUUAAGGAGGAAAGCCAGAGUAAUGCUACAAAGAAAUCUGCGAAGGAAACACCACAAAAACAAGUGGAAAAGAUUUCUGGGGUUGAUGCACAGAACAGUGACCACGCAAACACUGAAGCUGUUGCAGAAAUGAUCAGUGCCGGUGUUGUUGACCAGAAUUUGCCUGAGGUGAAACCUAAACGAGGUAGGCAAGCACGUCAGGUAGCAGCUCCUGCAGUAAAGAGGACCCGUCAAAUCUCCAAAAUCAAGGAAGAGCCAAUCAAUUCUGCUGUUGCUGUUCCAACCAAAUGUACGCGAAGAAAAGUGGCAAAAAAUGUGGAUGAAUCUGAAAAGGGUACCAUUGAAGAAAAGCUUUGUGAAAAGGUAGAGUCUAUAAAGGAAGCUGGCGAUGAAGAAAGAAGUUCAGAUAUGGAAAGCCCUGCUCUCAAUGUGGCCCCUGCAAAUGGAAGAAGAGGAAAGAAAAGCAAAGAAAUUCUUCAAAAUGACACUUCCACAGCUCCUGUCAGAAAAACUGGUAGGGGCAGAAAGGCUAAUUUAACAGAUGGAAUUGAUGAGAGCAACAAGGUCAAAUGCAGGGAAAUGUCCCCUGCUCCCAAAAAAGAUGAAGAGGACUCUGAGAAGAUGCCUGUACCUGUGCCCGUCAUGGAACCUAAAAGAGGAAGAAGGCCAAAAAAGGCUGAUUCCGGAGGCCAUGUCACUGAAGCACAAACUACAGAGCGCAUUGUCUCUGAUGCCGAGCAGUCUGUUGGAAAUUGCCUGCCCGAGUCCAAAGAAGAGACUCCUGUUGUCAAGUCUGGACGUGGAAGGAGGGCUAAAGCCGUUGUGCAGGAGGUUGAGGCAUCAGUUGAGGUCCUCCCAAAAAGAUCACGCCGUGGUGCUGUUGACAGUUCGGCCUUGCAGACGUUUGCUUCUCCUGUCCCUUCUUUGAAGUCUGUCCGUGGCAGAGGUAGAAAAGUUCAGAAUUUGGAGAGCACUGAAGAGACCGUUCCAGUCCAAGCUCCCAUUUCAGCCGCAGAAUGUUCUACUCAAUCCCCAAAGAAGGUGAGGGGGAAAAGAGGUGCUAAAAGUUCUGCUACAGUUGCUCUUGAUGCUAGUUCUGCACCUUUGGAUGCAGUGAUGCCUGAUGCUUCAUUUUCAAAUGAUCUUGUGACAAAAGGACAAGCAAUUGUAAAAAGAAAAGGCAUCUCCCGAAAAGCUGGUGUUCACGAAGCUGAUAAAAAUGUGCCAACACAGGUCAUCAGUGAAGAAUCAACUGCAGGAUUUGCUGAGUAUAAAAAUGAUGGGGUUGAAGAAACCAGUGUCAAUUUGGGGAAGCAAACCAACCCUCGCAGAGGAAGAGCUGGAAAGAAAUCCACUGUGGAACAAACAGCAUCUGCACCUGUUACAGAGCAUCUUGGUCCAAAAACAUUCACAGGUAAAGCUCCGUCUACAAGGAAAGGAAGAGCACAGGCUGUUGAGCCUAAACCUGUCCCUGUGGAAGAUGAUGUCCCCAUUGUAAAAGCAGGAACAAAAAGGAAAUUAACACGUGAAGUUACAGAUAAGGUAACUGGCGAUAACAACUCUACAGGCGAGUCUGUGAGCCUUGAUCCCCUGCCUAAGAGGGCUAGAGGCAGGGCGGCAAAAGUGGAGGAAACCAAGUUGGACACGUCGAAAACAACAAAGCGGGGCGCUGCAAAAAAGUCAGGGAAAACUCUUGAUAAUGACGUAAAAGCAGCCGAGCCAAUUGUGGAAACCCCAAAGCCUGCUAGACGGGGCCGGAGAAAUGUGGCCCAGCAAGAUGCAGUGGCACCUGUGCCAGCCCAAGAGGAGUGCCCCGCCCAAAGGAAAAUGGAAAGUGCUAAACGACCUGCCACUCGAAGACUCAAGAGUGAAAAGAAGACUGACUGUGCAAGGUCAGAAGAGGCCAAGCCAGUGAGACGUACCAGGCAGAAAUGAGCAAGAUGUUUGUGUGUAUAUAGUAAUCGGCAAGCUUACUGUCUUUUAUUUGGCUUUCUAUGUAGACUAUUUUAAUGGCAUGCAUUUAUUAUCCUCUGCUUAAUUGACCUCAAACUUAGCCUUGUUUAUUUUUAUAUUUUUAUAAGUAGCUUUUUGAAUAGUUUGUAUGGACAUGGAUGUCUUGUAUAUGCAGGGAUGUUUUAUUCAAAACUUGUGGGCAUUUAUUAGAUGUUUUAAAGGUGCAAGAAUCAUAUUGUGAAAUUUGGUUUUAGAUUUUCUGUAGAAAUGUGGACUCAUUUUUCUGUAAAAAAAAAGAAAAGAAUAAAAUCAGAAUUUACAUUUUGUAUUUGUUAAUUGUUCACUAACUUUGCUUUCAAUGAUAUGCAUUUCCAAUUUUGUAAUGCCAUUUAAGUGUAUUUUGGUAGUUCAUUAUUUAGGCAGAGGUGAGUUUGAAUGCUUUUUCCACUAAACACAAGCAGUUCCAGUGCUGUUUCAUGUUAAAACCACCUGCUUAAACCAGUUUUUCAUUAUUAAAAAUGCUUUAAACUCUGAACUCUUAGUAUUUCAUUAUAUACAUGUACUAUAUACAUGUGCUUGUAUAAGCAGAUAAUCAUAGGUGAAUUGCAUUCAAAAGUUGAAUUUCUUUUUAAUUUGCAUUGUUUUCUUAUCUAAAUAUCUUGGUAGGUACUUGUGUUCAUGAUGACGUCUAUCUUAACGGAUCGUUCAGGUCCUGUAGAAUUUUUCAUAUUUAAUAAAAUAAACCACCAUGUUUAAAAAUGCAUGGCACCUAAUCCUACAUCAGUUACACCCUGCUUCCCUCCAUUGGAAUUACAAGGUACUGCAUGUGGUGAAGCUUAGGUCGGAAUGGAUCCCAUGCAUUUUGAAAUAUGGCAGGUGGUCUUUAUUAUGUUAAAUCUAAAACAAUUCUACAGGUUCUGGAGCCCCUGUUAAGAUGGACGUGAUCAUGAACACCAGUGUGUUGCACCUUUCCUCUACCUCCCAAUCUUACAAGAUUUCCAUUUUCAUAAAAAUAAAAUAACUUGAGUGGAAUUCACUUGAUUAUCUGCUUAUAUAAGUAUGCAUCAUGUCAUUAAAUAAUUGUUUGUAGAACCGUUUAUACAGUGUAAAGCAUUUGGCAAACCGGUUUAAGCAGGACAUUUUUUGUGUUUUUAACGGUCAUUCUCUUGACAUUCAUAAGCUGUUGCCCGUAAACUAAUUAGACGAUGUAUAAACUUUGGCAAUCGUUUUUCUCUUAGUGGCUUUUCUUUAAUUUGGUAUUAGAUAGUAAAAAUUAAGCUGCAGGAGGCUAACAAAAAAAAUAAGAUUUCAUUUCAAGCAAACCCCUGUAGAUAAAAUUCACCCUAAUAGAAUUGUGCAUUGGGGCUCUGAAUCAAGAUCUCUAUUCACACCUGGGAAGACUUGUCAAAACCAGUAUUGUUGGUCUAGGGUUGUACGCUCACUCCUAAACUAAUCGGUGAAGUCUCUUAUGGGAGGAUGUGAACACUAUCAGAAUGGUAAAUUAUCAAUAAUUUUUUUUUUUUACUUUUUGCAUUUUCAAAACAAGAGUCUUAAGUGGCUUAAUGUUCUAGUUGAAAUUUACAGGGCAAAAUAAGUUUUCCUCCCCCUCCUAAUGUGCAACUGUUGUGUUUUUAAUUUUAAAAAGAUUUUUAUUACUUUUGUUCAAGUCUUUUCUUUGAGAUUCUUUUUAUUUUUUAUUUUUUAUCAAGGCACUUCAGAGUGUAGAUGCACUGUACUUGCAGAAAACCUAUAUGUUGUUGCCGGUCCAACAUCCUUAAUGUAUGUUUAUGGAAUAAAGAGCAUUGGAAGCUUGGAAUAUAA